AUCAAAACACGGAAGUAUGGAACUUUUGUGGUUUUAAAAUUUGAUUUACGUGAUACUGUUAAAUUUUUUUACUCAAUUCUAAUUAGUUCCUUGACUGUUCGUUAUAUAGUACUAGACAUUCAAUAACACAAUUUUAUUUUGUAUACCUAAUCUACAUUAUAAAAUGGUUUGAAAGAGGUUUUUUCUGAAUCCGUACGAUCGGUUGUAUUUCAAAAUGAUGCCACUCAACGAUUUCAAGAACCCCGAACUUGUUCCGAUUUCCAAUGUCAUUGGUUUGGCAUCUCAACGACCUCUUAGUACAUUUCCUGAAAUGUGGUAUCAGACUUUUUUAUGGGCACUAUUCUCAUCUGCUGUUGUUCAUACUGUAGCUGCAAUAAUUGCUUUUGCUACACUUCAUAAACAUAAUUUUGGAAAGUUUUUUCCUUUGUUCAUUUUAUUGGUUGGAAUAUUUGCUCCACUUAGUUCGGGCAUAGUUAGCAGUGCUACUAUAGCUUUUGUCUACCGAGCAUCUAGUAUUCAAAUGCAACCUUUGUAUGCAAUGUUUUGGGGAGUUGGACAGACAUUACUCUCAGCAGCUGUAGGUUUUACAAGAAUAUUAGCUACGCUAUAGAACAUUUUAAAUAUAAUUUGUACAUAAUGUACAUAGCUUGUAUAUAAUAAAUAAAUUAUUGUAUAGUUGUAUGGUAUCUAUUAAUGAAUACCUAAGAACUGUAAGACAAGGGAAUUGUAUAU